AUGUCGGUAGAAACAGCAGCAGAAGCCAUGGCGGACGUCAUCAUCAUCGGCGCCGGCCCCUCUGGCCUUUGCGCUGCCAAGACGUUCCUCCAGCUGCAGCCCAAUGCCACGGUGACCAUCCUGGAGGCUGGGCCGUCCCUGGGUGGUGUCUGGGCCACGGAGCGCCUCUUCCCGACCCUCAAGACCAACAACCUCGCGGGCAACUUUGAUUUUAGCGAUUUUCCAAUGACGCCGGAGCGGUUCGACGUCCGCCCGGGACAGCACAUCUCGGGCGAGUCCAUGAACGCGUAUUUCAAGGCCUACGCAGAGCACUUCCAGCUCACGGCCAGGAUACGGUACAACGCCAAGGUCAUAGAGGUCCGGAGGCCGGCGGAGGGGGAAGGGUGGCUGGUGGAGGUGGAGGACCCCAGCAAGCCGCACGACAACGACGACGACGACGACGACGACGAGCAACAGCAGCAGCAGCAGCAGCAUCUCCAGCCCUGGACGGAGACGCUGCGGUGCAGGAAGCUGAUCGUCGCCACGGGCGUGAACCCCAAGCCUCGGAUCGCCGAGAUGCGGGGCGCGGCCGACUUCAAGGGGCCCAUUAUCCACUCGUCCGAAAUGGGGCCUCAGUUCGAAGCCGUCUUCAACGGCGGCCGAGACAAAGAAGGCGACGGCGCGCGGCGGAAAAAGUCAAUCUGCGUCAUCGGCGGCAGCAAGUCGUCGUACGACGCCGCCUACCUGGCGUGCGUGACGGGCCACCAGGUCGACUGGGUCAUCCGCGAGACGGGCCGCGGGCCGUCGUGGAUCAUGCCGUCCUGGGCGAGGAUGGGCCCGUUCAAGCUCGUGAGGGAGAGGCUGGCCAGGGUCCGGUUCAUAUCCUUCAUGUCGCCUUGGGCGUUUGACGACUUUUCGGGCGUCGGUUGGCUGCGGGAGGCGGUGCACGGAACGGCGGCGGGGAGGUUCGUCAAGGGCAAGUUUUGGAAGCUGAUGCAUUUCACCACGGCGGUGCAGACUGGGUUCAAGGGCAAGUCUCCCCAUAUGGUUUUGGAGCCGGAGCAUAGUCCGUUCUGGUACGGAACAGCAACCGGCAUCGACAACUACGACCUGAGCAUUCACAAGUUUGUAGAUUCCGGACAAAUCAGGGUCCACAGGGACGACGUAUCCCACCUUUCCGACCACAAAGUGCACCUCUCCCGCGGUCAGGAGCUCCAAGUAGACGCCAUAAUAGCCGCGACCGGGUACUGGGCCAAGCCAGCCAUAAACUUCACGCCCGAGAGCACACACUCGGGCCUGGGCGUGCCCUCCAUCUCGCUCAGCCAAUCGCAGCAGCUCCACUGGCGCAGGCUCGACGCGGCCAGCGACGCCAAGCUCGGGGCACGGUUCCCGGAGCUGAUCAAGGGCCCACAGGACAAAAAGUCAAAAUCCUCCUCCCCUGGGCGGUGGUCAAAGAGCAGCAACGGCAGCAGUAGCAGCAGCAGCAAAAAAGCCCCGGCGGCUCGCCCCGCCCUCUACAAGCUCGGGUCCGCGGACCACGGGAUCCCGUACAGCCCCUGGCGCCUUUACCGCGGCAUCGCCCCUCCCGGCCUCGCGGCGACGGGCGACCGGUCGCUCGCCUUCGUCGGCAUCCACAACAACCUGAGCAACCUGACGCGGCUCGAGGUGCAGAGCCUCUGGGCGGCGUCGUACCUGCUCGGCCACGCGCUCGACGACCCGAACCUGGACGGGUCGCCGCGGUCCGCCAAGGCCAUCUUCGAGGACGCGGCGCUGCUGCAGCGCUGGUCGCAGCGCCGCGCCCCGCUCGGCCACGGCCGGUCCUUCCCCGAUAUGGUCUUCGACCAGCUCCCCUACUGGGACCUGCUGCUGCACGACCUGGGCCUGCCGACCGCGCGCAAGGGCAGCCUGUGGAGGGAGCUGUUUGAGCCAUACACCCAGCAGGACUACAGCGGCCUCGUGGAGGAGUACCUGGCCAAGGGGCCCGGGGCACCGGAGGAGACUACGCCGCGCAGGGCCGUCUGCGAGUCGCGCGAGGAGCCGAACCCCCUGGCGUACGGCUUGAGGGUUGUGCAAUGGGCGGGGCUGGCGUCUAUGACACUGUGGUUCUUUUAUUGGGUUUUGGUGGUGAGGCAGUUUUGA